AUGAGUAGAAAAGUGCAACAAUUCGAUGAAUUUCAAUCACAGCCAUCAUUAAAUGGCUCCUCGACAGUAUUAGACGCAUGUGAUUUUUCGGUAUCGGACAAUUCUGUUAAUGACAUUCUCACAGACUUCGAUGUCAACACUAAUGAUAUCCAAUAUUUUGAUGUUUCCAUAAACGACGUAAACUACUUUCAUUCAUCUCAAGAUCUUUCGUCAUCAUGCAAGGCCACCUUGUAUUCAACAGCAAUUAACACUAAUGUACAAAGUUUUCAAUCAGGAUUCGAUGAAGUACUGUCUCCAGAUGCAUUCGAAUUAUUAAUUGAACAACAAGAAAAACAACAAACAAACAAUGAACCCUCAUUCUCGUCUCUUAGCUAUAAAUCAUUAGAUCAUCAUGAUCCAUCAUCAAAGGAUAUGUCCAACUAUGAAGCAGGUAAUAUCUAUGUUACACGAGAAGAGACGGCAACAACGAGAAGCGAUUAUUCAUCAACAGAGCCAUCUUUUCAGUUUUCUCAUUUAAAUAACAGCACUGAACCUAUAACAUUUACUAUUGAUCAAUUUCAAGCAUUAAUAAAUCUUAUUUCAAAUACAUCACAAACAAAUGUUAAUACAAUUUCAACUCUUCUCGAACAUAGUACUAUUGUUGCAAAUAAUAUACCUCUCAGGAUCGUUGAUCAAACAAAUAAGCUACCUAAUGCUGAUAUUUCAAAUAAAUUUAGUCAUCAAGAUUCAAUAACGAAAAAUGGCAAUAGUAGUGAGUCCAUAGUUGUAAAUCGAAAUGAUAAUUGUCCACGACGAACAUCGACCAGCAAUGCAACGGAAAAACGAUAUCGAUCGAGUAUUAAUGAAAAAAUAUAUGAAUUGAAAGAAAUCGUAGCAGCUUCUGAUGGAAAGAUCCAAAAAUCUGGUAUACUUCGACGUACAGUUGAAUAUAUAGGACAACUACAAUCAACUAAUCGACAAUUGGAAGAAGAAAAUAGUACCUUGAAAAGCGUCUUGAAACAAUUAAAUUUGACAACUACUGAUCUUACAACUAAUAAUGAUGUACAGUCAUCGAAGAGAAAUUCUUUGGUCAAAAAGUCAACAACAUCGACAUCAACAUCCAGUUCUGAAUGCAAAGAUGAUCUUUAUAGUCCAGCUAAAAAACGAAAUAAACAAGCGAACAGUACACGAGGUAUGGUUGAUAGAUCACGGCUAGUUUUAUGUUGUUUUAUGUUAUGUGUACUUAUGACAAAUCCAUUUAAUUAUUUACUUGAUCGUAUUCAUUCAUCGGAUAACGAUGGUACAACUGAAGUCCAAUUAGGACCUGGUUCAAGAACAUUGAAGACAAUAAAAGAUGCUGAGAAUUUUAAUUCACUGUUAUUUUUGAAUAUAUCAUGGAAACAACUUGUUACUUGGAUGCUCAAUAUUGCAAUAUGUCUUGUUUGUCUUGUGAAAAUUUUUGUUCAUGGAGAACCCAUUGUACACGAGUCAGACAUGGACGAAUAUUAUACCUAUAAAAAGAAAGCAGAUGCACUUAUGGACAAAAAUCAACUCAGCGAGGCAUCAAUAUAUUAUAAAAAAUGUUGUGAAAAAUUGUACGUAUCAGUUGAUCAGACAUAUCUUUAUUAUUUUUCUUCAAUAACAUGGCAAUUAAUUCGUUUAUUUCUCAAUGUUAUAUUUGUGGGUCGUUGGCUAACAUAUUGGUCAGGUUGGACAAAAUCAAUAGAUACCCGUUACCAUAAUUACGAAUUAAAUAGUUGUUAUUUACAAUUGUGGAAAAUUGAAUAUCAUCAAUCGAAAUCAUUAUUAAAUAUUUUUAAUUUAUUUCUAUUAACAUUAAAUACAUCAAUUAAUGCUGGAAAAAAAAUAAAUACAAAUAAACGAAACGAAAUUAAUUUUUUAUCAGCAUUAACAUUGAAAAAAUUAGAUGGAUUAUUUUCAGUAUUUACAAUAUUUUUCUUAAAAUUUCUCAUACCAAUUGAUACAAAUGAUAUAUGGUUAUUACAUGUUGAUCGUUUAAAUCAAUUUAUAUUUGAAAAAAAUAUUUAUUUAUUUAAACAAAAAUUAUUUCUAGAAUCAAUCCGAAUUCAAUUUUUCGAAUAUAUUCUCUAUGAUAACAUACAAAAUCAACUUCUAUUUCAAGAUGAACAGCCACAACAAUUUAUCAUUAAAAAUAAAAAUCAACUUGAUCUAUUCUCAUGGUGGCAACAUAGCUUACAAGUAAUACGUUGUAUUUCUAAUGAUAAACAAAAUAUUAACAACAUCACAUCUACAGCUUUACUUCAACAUAUGAAUUCAUCAGAUAAAACCAUUUAUUAUAUGGUACGAUCAACAAAGAUUGUCAAUGAAGCAUAUAUUCUUAUUAUUGAAACAAUUCAUGUUAUACUUCUUAUACUAACAAAUAAUGAUGAUGAUCAAACUAAUUCAACAAGAAUAUUGUUUCUUAAGCAAUUAGGAAAAUCAAGUAAAUUAUUAACAUCUAUGAUUGAAUCAUGUUAUAUUACUGAUAAUGACGAUAAUCUUGAUAUGGCAAUCAAAACAUUAUUAUUGGAUAGUGUUUUAUCGUUGCGUCUUCGUCUUUUAACGUGUUCGAUGACAAAUAAUAAUAAAAAAAUUCCAUUUCUUGAUGAUUUUCAACGAGAAUUAGAUUGUUAUCGACGAGUAAAUCAAUUCAUGAAAUUACCAAAACAAAAACUCUACCUAUUUGAAUCAAUAUUUCGAACACUAUCGGGUUUAAAUCCACUCUUAACUCAAACAUUAUUUGAAUGUGCGAUCAAACAAUCCAAGCCAGUCAUUCCAACAACAGAAGAAUCAUUACCGAGUCUAGAUAUAAUUGCAGCACUUCUAAUUUUUUGUCAUUUUUCACCGUCAACAGUCUAUCGUUAUCGAAAUAUCCUUCAACAAGCUGCUGUUAUAUCAUCAAAAACAAGUGAAAAUAAUGAUCUCAAUCGUUUACAACAACAAUGUUUGACAUUGAUACGUCAACCAUAUUUUACUAUGUAA